AUGGCUGCCAACCGCGGUCUCCGGCCAGAAGGCCUCAAGAUUAGAGGUCGUGCAGGCCUUCUUAGCGCAGGUGUACCGAGUUCGGCGCAAGAGUCAGACGACACCGACGAAGAGGGGCAGUUCAUUAAGCCAGCGGUCAAGAGGCCAGCGGUCAAAAUUCUUGACGUACCCAUCCCACCCAACUUCAAACUUUCGGAGCCAAAACGCCCCGUGCAAGCAAGAACAGGUGCAGCGUUCAAGCCCGCCGAACCCCAGAUUAAUGUUGGGAACACGCCAAACCGGUCCAUUCUCAAAGAAUUCAUCGACGAGCUGAAUAGUUCGAGGCAAAAAGAGGGCAAGGGUCAGGUCCAAUUGGAGUAUCGCGAGAACGGACCCCACAUCGUCGACCUUGCCAGGCCUGCGAGAAAGUCCAAACCCAUUGGCAUGGAUAGCGAACAGAAACGCGUCAUUUGGGAAUGGGUCAAGGGGGGUAAGAAGAGCGGAAGGACCGUUGCUAGUGCACGAUCGCGUCCUGCCUCGAGACUGGGCGAGGCAUAUCUUGUCUAG